CGGAUAAUGAUCAUCAUGAAACUAUUAGUUCUGUGUGUCUUGGUGGCCUCGGCAACCGCGGCGACGUCAACUUUGCAAGAAUCCAACGGGAGCCAAAACAAGAUAGUCGGCGGCACAUACGCUCGUCCUGGUCAAUUCCCCUUCCAGUUGGGUUUUUAUGAUACACAUUCUACCCCAGAUGAAUUCGUAUGCGGAGCUAUCAUCUACCAUAAUGAUACCAUGAUAACCUCCGGAGGUUGUGUCAGAUACUUCGACCACAACAAUCCUGAUUCACUCGUGGUUGGUGCUGGGGAUCUGAAUUUGGUCCUCGACGAAGAGACUGAGCAGUGGAGAAAAGUCAUUCGGAUCAUCUCGCAUGACGGAUUUGACCCUGACACUCAUGAAAAUGAUAUUGCAUUAUUGAAAAUUGAUCGUCCUUUCGAUUUAAACGAGUAUGUAUCAGGUGUGACUCUUCCUGGUAAGGGACAGAUCUUCUCUGGAAACUCUUUCGUGUCCGGAUGGGGAACCUUGAGCUCAGGCGGCAGUGGUCCACUCGUCUUGCAGUACGUGAGCGUGCCCAUGUUCAGCGAUGAAACUUGUAGAAGCGCCUAUGAUAGCAAUGGAGCAUUUUUAGGUUGGAAAAUUAAAGACUACAUGAUCUGCGCUGGUGAAGAUGGCAAAGACACCUGUUCGGGAGACGGCGGUGGUCCAAUGAUAUGCGGAGAUUAUCUCUGUGGAAUUACUAGUUGGGGAGUUGGGUGCGGCGAUGCUCGCUACCCUGGAGUUUACACCAAAGUAUCGUACUUUGUCGACUGGAUUCACGAUAACGAAUAAGCCGUUAAUCGAACUAUACUUCCUGAACAUAAAUGAAAAUACGUCAUGUUCAAAUUCAGUGACGCAUCCAAAAUUUUUAAUUACCACUUGUUCACAUAAUAAAAUGUAGCCAAAAUUCUGAAACGUAUGUAGAAUAGAACCUUCAUUUCUGAAUCUGAAGUGUGAAAUAAUAAUUUACACCGUGAAACGCAAUUAAACAUUCCGAUUCUGUUAAAAUAACAUUCCGAUUCUGUUAACGCAAAACUCGUUAGCCAAUUCAAAUUGGAAUCACUGAAGAUAAAGCCUAAAUUGAUUUACAUUAGUGACACAAAUCAACCAAAUCAUUUUACAUUAUAAAGAAAACUUGCAAGUAAAUAGCUAUGAAAGAUUACGCACAAAGAAACAUUGAAGACGAAUAACUUUUUUUGUAUCUCCUUUUCCAAACUACUAAAAUUAAGACAUUAGUCGUAACUGUGAACAUGCUUUUCAAUAGAUUUCUCAUUUAACAACUUCAUGUUGCUUCUAGUAAA